CAGAUUGAGCUUGCUGAAGCGGGACUGCAAAAGAGAAUGACGAAGAAGAAACAACCGAGCCGUGGGAAGAGGGAGAUGGGUCCUGAAUUGGACAUCAGGGCGAUCAUGAGGAAUGUCGAGUUCGUAGAUGCGAGCUUACGGUUUCCAAAAUUGUGUUAUACAAGAGCUUGCAAGCUAUUAUGCUAUUGGUCGGUUGAAUACCUGGGGAUACUUAUGAGGCUUGUGGGUUUGGUGACGUGCCUGUUGGAAUUUCUGAUGCUUACAAUGAGAAGCAGAGGCAAAACAUACGAUAAGCACAUUUAGGCAAACUUCAUUUGGGCAAUCUUAUUGAUACCUACGGCAUCAAAUUUGAGCCUCUCGCACUGUCUUCGGAGGACAUAAUCCAACACCAUGUACCAUAGUGUGUGCCUCUCGUGAAACAGUGACACAUAAGUCCCACCAUGGUCCAUUACCUGUAGUCAUGUUUCGGUGGUGUUAUGGAGAUGCCUGUGCUGAAGUUUGCCGAUGCAAUCGGCCAUCUUUGGGUUUGGUGUCAUGACAUUCAUGAAGGAGCUAGAGACACUUUAGGAAAAUACUCAGGAAUGACUUGCGUUGUGAAUCUAAGCUUGAGCUUGGCUGAGUUUUUAUCGGGGGAUUUGCUGCUUUCGUAUCCACCUGCGGUAUGCUGUGGGGUCCUUUAUUAAAUUCGACACAGCAGAUGAUUAGUGUUCUGAUUUUGUGGGGGUAUGACGGAGUAUGUUUAUGGUGAAUCCCCGGUUUUAGUUUUGCCAGGGUCCUCUCAUAUGACAUGGAAAGAGAGAAAGGAGCUAGAGAAUAAGAAGGUGGUUUCCUUAGGUGGUAAGGCACCUAAGAAGCAGCGACUUCCUCUGAGCGUGGCUCGACCCAUGAUGAAGAACCAGAAGAAAAGAGAUGAGAAAAUGUGGCAAGAGAAUAUGAUCCUUCAACGAUUUGGGGGUAGGUCUAGUAGUUGGAGCAGCGCAGGGAGGCUGGAGGAGAGGCGCAAGCCCGAGGACAGGGUAUUGAAGUCCAUUGAUGGUCAUUUCAAGAAAGGGGUCCUCGAUGUGAAGCAUUUACUUCGACCAACCCCUUCCGGAGAUGGCGAGAACAAUAAGAGGACUAGUGUCGGUGGGAAAGGCAAGAAGAAAGCUGGGAAGAAGUCCCGAGGAAAGAAGCGGGGUGGUAAGAAGCGCCACUAACCGGCAGUCUGCUAAAUUUUUGAGUUCCUUGCAACAGAACAGAUGGAGAAUGCUGACCAACUCUGCUCUGGAUGGUUUGUGCUGGGGAUACAUUCUCUAGGAGACUGUCCCGUCCAAUGUAUCAAAGAUUCCAUUGUGCAACGAAAUUUCUUUGUAGUUGUUUUUUUG